AUGGAACUUGACCUCUUGAACGUCACAGCGAGUGAGCUACAGCGCCUACUAACCGACGGUAAGAUCACCAGCCUCGAUCUCGUCCGCCAAUACCACGCCCAGAUCCUCAAACACAACGACAGACUCAAGGCUAUGAUAUCCAUCUCACCGCUUCCACAUCUGGAGAAGAUUGCGGCUAAGCUGGAUGAGGAAAGACGGAGGGGGGUUGUGAGGGGUGGGAUGCAUGGGGUUCCGUUUAUUGUCAAAGAUGCCAUGGAUACGUCGAGCGAAUUCCAGCUCGAAUCAACGAAUGCAAUUUGGGAACUGGAAAACCCAUCCGGUUCAUCAACAGGCUCAGCCGUAGCCAUCAGCGCAGGCUUCGCCCCUCUCUCCAUGGGCGCCGACUUCAACGGCUCUCUCACGAAUCCAGCUACUCGUGCUGCGCUGUAUACUAUCCGCACUACACCUGGUAUAGUAUCGGAACACGGAUGCUUCCCGUUUUCGAAGGACAGGGAUAGUGUUGGGCCUAUGGCGAAGAGUGUGGAGGAUCUUGUUGGGUUGCUGAAUGUUGUUGUGGAUGUUGAGCAUCCGGGAGUGCCUGACCAGGGGUAUGGGACUGGGGUUUCGAGGGAGUGGAGGGAUGUUUCUUUUGCUACUUUGGAUCCAGGCCAAAAGAUACGUGAGACAAAUGCGGCUUACGAAAAGAUCGCAAGCCUCGCUAAGCGCGUUGUUGGACCAGUCGACCUGAUUACCGAUGAGGCAUUGGAUGAGAGCAUGAACGACGUCCUAACCAUAAUCAACAACGAUUUCUCCAACCUCUUCGAAGCCUACACAGAUGGUCUGAUCUCACCUAAAGUCAAGACCCUAAAGCAGUUGAUCGACUUCAACGAACGACAUCGCGAGAUCGAGUUACCAGCGCUCCAGCCUUGUGUGGUUGUCUUUUCGACUACUCUCGACACAUCCUCGACAGCUAUGCAGCAACUCAAAGGAGGGAUCCGCGAAUACAGGGCUUUCAAGCGUGAGAUUCUCCAAGAAGCGAAGUCCAACGUAUUCACCUACGAUACCAAACUGAAACAUUUUGUUCAAACAUCGCCUGGAAACUCGACUCCUGAGACGUUCGAGGAAAUAAACUCAUUUCUCGAUAGAAGGGUAGAAGAUUCAGCGCCUCUGACCCAGGACGAUGAUUUAGUUGCCACAGUCAACUUUGUGGAGAUGCCGUUACCGCAUAGAAAAACAUCAUCUUCGCCACUAUCUUAUCAUGGAUUCAGCGCAGAAAACGUCAUCAGAAGCCAUGUCCAAUGUCUGUUGUCCGGAUUCAACCAUACGACAACUACUGGGCGCCUCUGUGAUGAAGACAAACACGAUAUACUGUUCGAGACACCGGUUAGCUCUGUUCCCUACAUACGACUCUCGCUCAACAGGGGAGAGAGCCAAGGUGUUCGAAGACGAUGGCAGGUAAUACUCGCCUAUGACGGAAGGGGCUUUCCUUUUGAAUUGAGCUUUUGGACAUUCGAAAGGCACAUGGAAGGGUACGGUCUUGAACGCGAUCCCAACCCAGAUAUAGCGGACGAACCCUUUCGCGCUUUCGCCAGCGUUCUUCACAAGAUUGUACUCCAUUACGUGCAAGCCGUUGGGAACGACUUGAAGGCAUGCAUGACAGGGAUUCAAGACGUUGAAAAAUCUGUGGAUUCCGAAGAACGCCCAAGCAGCUUGCUUCGUCGACUCAAUGCUAUCAGCCGCGAUGUUAGGGCUGCAAGCCUGAAGGAGAAGUUUGUAUUCAGUAUGGAUGCAGCAAAGUGGGCGGACGCUAUCUUCAAACCGCUAAGAUACAUGGAUGAAAAGGAAAACUUGCUACUGGUAGCUCGAGGGGUAGAGCAGUAUCAUCCAGAUCGUUUGCGAGAAGUUCUUAUAGAUGUUCAUCAGCAUAUCGAGGAUGUUGUUGCGGAAAAGCAGCAAGAAAAACAGGAGCAGCUCCAGGAACAAGAAGAGAAACGAAAGAAAGAUCGAUACAAGCUGCAGAAUGACCAGAAGGCUGAGGAAAAGAUCCGGGCGAGAAGAGAGGGAGAGCUUCUGGAGCAAAGCAUCAGAAUCGCCAAAGAGACGAAACGCGACAGUCGUACUAUGCGUGGUAUAGCUUGGGUCACUAUCGCAUUUCUACCAGCAACAUUCGUGACAUCGUUCUUUGGGAUGAACUUCUUCAACGGUAUCGCGGGAAAAGUCCCGUUCGACGAAGCGAGCCGCAACGUCUGGCUGUUCUUCGCAAUCGCUAUCCCAGUUAGUGGCAUUGUUCUCUUGAUAUUCUAUUUGUGGGACAAGCAAGCAGAAAAGAAAGAUGACGGCAAGCUGCCGUCGGUGGAAGACGGCACCAUGACCGACCAACAAGAUGCUGCAACACAAUGCACAGACAACGACUUCGAAUUGUCAGCACUACCCAGCAGAGUAUCGCACUCCUAA